AUGACUCCCGCCUCGACAUCGGCGGGAUCGACCCGCGCAUUCACAGCAUGGAAAUUGCCGUGUGCUGUUCCACGGCGAGUCAGGAGAUCGAGGCGUAUUCGAGCUGCGUCUUCGCCUCCCGAGAGCCCCUCUAGGGAUGACCCGGCACCCGCGGAAAACCGCACGCUCCCGCCGAAGGACAGGAGGUUCAAGCCCCUGACGCCGCCGCCGCCCGCGAGCGAGUUCCCGCCGUACGAGCCCCGCGACUUCUUCCGGUACGAGCUCAUCCACCAGUCGAAGAAAUCCGCCGCGAGGGUCGGGCGCAUCUGCACCCCUCACGGCGUCAUCGAGACCCCGGGGUACGUCGCGGUGGGCACGAACGGCGCGUUGAAGGCGGUCCCGCACCAGGAGCUCGCGGCCGCCGGCUUGGACCUGAUGUUCGCCAACACGUAUCAUCUGAUGCUGCAGCCCGGGCCAGACCUGGUGGCGUCGGCGGGUGGACUGCACGAGUUCAUCGGACGCGACGCGCCCAUCAUCACCGACAGCGGGGGUUUCCAGGUGUUCUCGCUCGCACGACCAAACGCUGAGGACGGCCUGGAGAUGAAGUCGCGCAGGGCGACGAAGCAAAAAGGAGGGGACGGGUUGCUCAUCCGCACCAACGAGCACGGCGUGUUGUUCAGGUCGUACAGGGACGGGUCGAGCGUGGUGCUCACCCCCGAGUCCAGCGUCGAGGCGCAGAAGAGCCUCGGCGCUGAUGUCAUCAUCCCGCUCGACGAGCUUCCGCCCUACCACAUCGACCGGGCGGUUUUGGAGAGGAGCGUGUAUCUCAGCCACAGGUGGGAGGCGCGGAGCCUGAAGGCGCACCUGCGGGACGUCCGCCAGCAGGCCAUGUACGCGGUGAUCCACGGCGGGGUAGACAGGGACCUGCGGCGGAUGAGCGUUGAGUACCUCACGUCACUACCUUUCGACGGGUUUGCCAUCGGGGGUAGCCUGGGCAAGGAUACCGCGGAGCUGGUCGAGCUGCUCGGUCAUCUGAUGCCACAGCUACCGAAGGACAGGCCGAACCAUCUGUUGGGCAUCGGCGAUGUUGGAUCAAUACUGGGAUCCAUUCCGCACGGCGUGGACACAUUCGAUUCCACAUUCCCCACCAGGAAUGCUCGUCACGGUCAGCUCAUGACCCGGACCCGGGGCACUUUCAACAUUCAACGUGCGGAGAAUGCGUCAUUACAUGAGCCCGUAUGUCACCAGUGCGCAUGUUCGCUGUGUAAGAAUCACACUGCGUCUUAUUUGCAUCACCUGUUCAGAGCCAACGAGCCAACAGCAGUCACGUUGGCAACUGCUCACAACCUGCACUACAUGGGGUGGUUGAUGCAGACUCAGCGGGAGAAGAUUCUUAACGAUGAGCUGUGA